AUGGAACAACUCCUAAUUCACAACAUCUUAAACCUGUUUGUUCCUCCUAUCAUUUUCAUCUUUCUCUGUAUCAUCACACCUCCUUAUUACCUCUUCAAGCUUAUCAACUCCAUCUUAAUCAAACCUCUUUUCUUCGUCGAAGACAUGACUGGGAAAGUUGUGUUAGUUACUGGUGCUUCAUCCGGCAUUGGCGAGCAACUUGUCUAUGAAUAUGCAAGACGAAAAGCUCGCCUAGUCAUUGUUGCAAGAAGAAAGAAUCUUCUUGAAGAAGUUGCAAAGAAAGCCCGUCAACUCGGAUCCCCUGAUGUUUUAGUUGUAUGCGCAGAUGUUACUAAAGUCGAUGAUUGUGAACGAUUGAUCGAAGAAACUAUAAAUUACUUUGGACGCUUGGAUCGUUUGGUGAAUAAUGCUGGAAUCACAAGUUUAUGCCCAUUUAAGGAAGUCAAGAACAUACUCAAUUUCGCACCUAUUAUGGAUGUUAACUUUUGGGGAUCAGUUUAUACAACUCAUUUUGCAAUUCCGUACCUUCUAAAAAGCAAAGGUAGAAUUGUUGUGAUUGCUUCAGUCACCGGAUGGUUGCCUGCACCAAGACUUACCUUUUACGUUGCUAGUAAAGCUGCAUUGAUACACUUCUACGAUACACUCAGAGUUGAGCUCCAACAUGAUGGGGUCAAAAUAACGAUAGCGUCUCCAGGUGUAACUGAUUCAGAGAUUACCCAAGGAAAGACCUUAAGCAAGGAAGCUGUAAUGCAAGUUGACAAAGAGAACAUGGAUGUAGGAUAUGUUAGCACAAAGCCUAUUAGUUCAGAAUUUUGUGCAAAGAUGAUUGUGAAUGGACCAUGCAGAGGAGAUAGAUCGAUAACUGAACCAGCUUAUUUUGGAGCAUUUUAUCUAUUAAAAGUAUUUUUUCCAGAGAUUGUUCAUUGGAUUUUUACCUGGAUCAACUCCUCUCUCGAAUCUGCUAUUACUAGUCCACAACCGACUGAUUCACCCCGGUACCUAGUUCAGUUCAAAUCAUAG